GUUUUGUUUUUUGAUAAACCCAAUCUUCCCAUUCUUGCCCGCUUUCCUUCAGAACUUAAUACCCACUAUUUCCUGUCUCGGGAAAAAACAACAACCCUAAACUGCAGGACCGCCAUGGCCAAGAAGCGAAAGCUCCGUUCUUCAGAGCCGGAAACCUCCAAAGCACCUGAGCCCCAACCAGAACAGCCUCCACCCACGGACCCUCCUCAUGAAGCACCACAGCUCCAACCUGAAGAAGAAGACCCAACCCAAUGCGCCCCAAUCCAAGAGGAAGAACCCCAAGAAAUGGCUGUAGACGAGUCGAAGGAGGACCAAGAAGAAGAACAAGAAGAGGAAGAAGUAAACGAAGAGUUACAAGGACAUGUGGUGGAGGAGGAGGAGGAGGAGGAGGAUGGGGAACCCAACGAUGGCCAGAACGAAACCCUAAACGGCGACGUUUCGACGGAAGGAGUCGGAAAAGAAGGAGCUGAAAGCGAAGCUAACGGAAGAGGGAAUGGGGGAAAUGAAGUGGGAUUAGAUGAUGAUGAGCCUUUGGAGAAGCUUCUGGAACCUUUCUCGAAGGAGCAGCUUCUUUCUCUCGUCAAGCAGGCUGCCGACAAGUACCCGGACUUCAUCGAGUGUGUUCGGGAUCUAGCCGAUGCCGACCCGGCUCACCGUAAGAUCUUCGUCCAUGGCCUAGGCUGGGACACCACUGCGGAAACCCUAAUUUCGGAGUUUAGCAAGUACGGUGAGAUCGAGGAUUGCAAGGCUGUGACCGAUAGAGUCUCUGGAAAAUCAAAGGGUUAUGCUUUUAUCCUCUUCAAGCGUCGGGCUGGUGCCAAGAAGGCCCUUAAGGAACCCCAAAAGAAGAUUGGGAGCCGGACGACUUCUUGUCAGCUCGCCUCGGCUGGACCCGUUCCUGCCCCACCUCCCGUGGUCCCGGCCGUGUCUGAGUACACUCAGAGGAAAAUUUUCGUUAGCAAUGUGUCUGCUGAUGUUGAUCCCCAGAAGUUGCUUGAAUACUUCAAGCAGUUUGGGGAUGUUGAGGAAGGGCCAUUGGGGCUCGAUAGGCAUACUGGGAAACCAAAGGGAUUUGCGCUUUUCGUCUACAGGUCAGUAGAGAGUGCCAAAAGGGCUCUCGAGGAGCCUCAUAAGAACUUUGAGGGACUUACUUUGCAUUGCCAGAAGGCCAUAGACGGUCCCAAACAGAGCGGCAAGCCUUUCCAUCAACAUCAACAUCAUCAGACUCCGCAUCAACAUCAGCAUCACCCCCAUCAUCAACAAUACUAUCCCAGGAAAGAGAAGAACAAGUAUUCAACUGGUGGGACGGGACCUGGACAUUUGAUGGCUCCUUCGGCACCUCCUCCUGCAGUUGGUUUCAACCCGGGAGUGGCAGGACCACAGGCACUGAACCCGGCUCUUGGGCAGGCCUUAACCGCGUUGCUUGCAACCCAGGGUGCUGGAUUGGGUAUUGGAAAUUUGCUUGGAGGUAUUGGUGGUCCGCCUGUUAACCAGCCUGGGCCACCUGGGGGAUAUUCAAAUCAGGCAGCUGGAGGCUAUGGGAACCAGCAAGUAAUGCAGGGUGGGUACCAGAAUCCACAAAUGGGGCAGAGCAGUGGUAGGCCUCAUCCUGGCCCUGGGGCACCUUACAUGGGUCAUUAGGUAUUGUUUCAGCUCAUUGAUGCCAGUGCUUGGUAGAAUGAUAGCAUUAUGAAGAUGAUGACUGCAUCUGACAUUGGGUCUGGUAAUCAUCAUUUCAUUAGAUGUCUUACUGCAGUUCAUAUUCUAACUUAUAUUCAGUAUGUAGUUUUAGUUGCAUGAGUUUUAUACACUUCUUAUACUUAGUUCAUGCUGUGUUGUCUUGGGUGUUAUUUUACACCAUGUGUGUCUAGCUGGCGUGGGAUGAGAGUAUGGAACUUUUUUACUUGUAAUUUUGUAAACUGUGAAAUAACAAGAUAUUUAUUUUUUUCUUUCUUGAAAUGAUCUCUGCGCAUAUGUUUUCCUCUUCUGUAGUGUUGUGCUGUAGGUGUUUUUUGUAGUUUUUGUUCUGGGUUCUUGUUCAUAUAGAAAGAUGACAAAAAAGAAAAAAAAACGGAGAAAGCUUUCAUUAUUAUAGCUGCCAAGACAUUAUAUACCCACUUCCUAACAAGUACAGAUUAAUCUGUGUAGUAAUCGCAGCCAUUGGUUGCAAUAGUGGAGUCAUUUCAAAGCUCAAGCAUUUUUUUAUUAUUAUUAACUUAGCAUUUCUCAUAUACAUAUCAUCAAACCAUUGAUCUGGCUUUUGUAAUAGCAUGGAAUCCUGUCAGAAUUUGUUUAUAGGGUGAUGGUGGGAUCUGCUGCUAUGAAUGGAUGGGACAUCAUCCUCACCUGUUUUGAGGUAAGAACUAAGAAGCUUCCCUUGGCGCCUUUACGGUUUGUCUGUUGCAAUGGCUGGAAGAUCCUGUUUGUAGAUGAGCAAAUAUGCCUCUGUUCAUAAGUUGGCCAUUUAAUAGUGGAUGCUGGUUUCAUUGAGGUGGAGCCACCACCUUUAGCUUUUGCUUGCAUUUAGUUUCUCUAACAUGUGAUGUUGAAUUAUUUGGUCAAAGGCUUAUAAUUGGGUUUUGAAGUGCCUUAUUUUGAGAGUGCUCUGGGCUUUCUGUGAGGUAUCUAAGAGGGUAAAGGAAAUGCAUAGCUAGCUUCAUUCUUGUAAUGUUUAUGAUAUCCAAGUUUGCUCAAGAGUUGUUUAGUGUGAAUAUGACUUUGACGGUAACCCAAGAACAAAUGUGGGAUUUGAACAAAAUGAAUUAAAAGUUGCCCAAAAUAAAAAAAAAAAAUAGAAUUAUAUGACAUCUGAUCACUGGUCAUUCCAUAA